CUGGAAUCAGGAAGAUCUGAGUUCAAAUAUGACCUCAGACAUUUGAAAUGCCAAAAAGAAAAAAAUGCAUAAGAUCACAAAGAAAGCUAAUUGGUCAAAAUAUAGUUAACAAAAAUAAUUCCUGUAAAUGCAUAGUUAAGAACUCUUGCUUAAAUAAAUGUUUGAUUUAGAGUCUUACUGGAUAAGAAGUUGAAACUUAGUAUUUUAAAUGAAGUUUGAUGAAUAUAAUAUUUCACUUAUGUCCUCCUUCCCUAUAACUAAUAAUAUUAGAAAUGAAACUAGUUACCCAUGAAACAUUGAAAGCUUUGCAUAGUGGGAUUAUGACUGCCUUAAGAAAUGACUGGCAGCAAGCAGUCUGAUUUUAGUAGUCUGUGACAAAUUUACUAUCUCAUUAUUUCUCACUCUAAUUUGAUACUAGUAUGGAACUAAGAUUCUAGACUUGUCUUAUUUUAGUGUAGUGACUUCUAAGCUUUACUGCACAAGUAAAUUAUAGAUGUUGCCAUCCUGAAAGAUUGUGCUUUCUUUUAGGGAAAACUUUGGUGUAGUCUUUAAGUACAGCAGAGGAAAGAACUAGCCAUAAUCAAUUAGUAUGGAAACUUUUUUUCUCAGAUUAUCCCAACCCUCCUCCCUCACCUACCUGUUGGGCCUCCCUGAAUUCUACUUGGAAUAUCUUCAUGAAUCCCCUCAGUUUUUAUACUUCAUUUAUCUCCUGUAUUUGUAUCACCCUCUUCUGAAUCUUUUCAAAAGAUUAUAAAAAAUCCAGCUCUGUCCUAAAUUCAGGAGGAAAAUCUUCAAAGCGUUCCUAUUCUAUGUCUUGGCUCUUAUAACUAUAAGAAUAAAGCAAUGCCUUGAUCAAAGCAAGAACUCAAGAGUGGUGGCUUAAUUUGUGCUGUGAACUGUCAAAAGUCCCACCAUUGGAUUAUAGAGAUAGAUCUGAAAGAGUCCUUAGAGGAAAUCCAGAAUGUAGAUGAAACCCGAAGCUCAAAUGGCUGAAGGGACUUAAGCAAAGGUUACAGAAGCAGUAAAAGACUAGGCUGGGAUUUAAACCCAAGUCCCUCUGUUGUGCAGUUAAUUGUUCCUUCCACUGAACCACAGUGCCUCUUCUCAUCACCACCCAAAGAUCUUAGCUUCUACCACUCUGGAAAAAAGUCACUAAGUCUUACUGAUAAUACUAUGGAAAAUGUUCCUUUGUCAAAUUCUCAUGCCUUGUAAAAUUAAAAAUGUAUUGUGCUAAUGAAGUUUUUACCUUUACUAUAAUAAUUGGGGGAAAAAAUAUGGCCUUCAUUCAGCUUCCCUUUCAAGUUACCAUUUUAAAUGCCACAAAAGGAACAGCCUUUUUAAAAAAACAACUUGGUGUAAUCUUUUUAUAAUAGGCAAUUAUUCUGCAGUACAUUUUCAGACAGAGUGGUAACCUGUUUCUUCUAUAGCUCAGCAAGUUCCUGAAAACCUGUUUCUAAGGAAGUGAGAAAAAAAAAGUUGGGGAAAAUGGAUUAAGCUAGAUGAGUCCAUUUUUUUUUCUUGGAUUAUGUUUCAAUUAAUAUCUAACUUUCUUAAAAGUUCAAGUGUUUACAUUAUUAAGAACAUGUAUGAUUAACAAGAGAUUGGUAGAAGUUUACUAUUGGUAGUAAGAGGACUGACAUCACUGAAGAAGAGCCACAUGUGACUUUUGUCAUUCAGGAUGCAGCUCUAAAGCUUCCUUUCUAGACUUGAAAAACACUCCCUUUUCCUCUUCUGACUGAAUCUAUCUUGUAUUUAAAAUGAUACUAUUUGACUUAAAAAAAGUUAUAGCUUUCUUGCAAGAUAAAUCAAACUGUGUCAAGUACCAGACCUGGUUGCUCCCUUCAAGGAAUUUAUAGUCUCAGGAAGACCAGAGGACUUUGAAUGGAGGAGGGACAACCAUUGGAUCAGAAAUAUAGUCUUUCUGUUGAGUGCCAGUUCCAGGUCCCUCUGCCAUGUAUAAUUUUAUUAUUCUGUCCAUUAAACAACUAGAGAUAUAUUUAUAGAGCAGUUUAAAUGGAAAUAAACACAACCUGAACUUUGUACUAUAUAUGUGUUGACAAUGCCCUGAGUAGAGGCUUACAGUUAGCUCUAGUCAUUUGGAGAAUGCCUUCUGGAAUAAUGAGAGGGUUUGAAGAAAGGGAGGGCUGGGUGUAAACUGGCAGAGAUUGAGGGAGCAUUUGUAUUAAGAGCAAGGUCUUUUCACAGGCUAGAAAAUGUGUUUUUAUAAUGUAUGUGAUUAGAGCAAACAGAUGAGCUUGAUGAGUGGAAGGCAUAUUGUAGCUGAUUACUGAAAAGUGAAGUUCAGGACAUAAUUUAGUGAGUAUAAGGUCUAGGACCUCCAACUAAAGAAUCUGUAGAUCAGUCUCAUGUGGAGGAAAAGAGAUGUUGGAUGGGUGGCAACCAUGGAAGUAAAAUGAAAAAAUUUGAAGGAUUGUGACAGAACAAUAUGGGGGGGGGGGGAGAUUUGAUAAUAGAUUCAACAGAGAAAGUGGUGGGGAAAGAAGAGCUGAAGUUGACUUGUGAACUCAGGAUGUGGAUAAUUCUCGUAAUGAGGGAAAUUAUUCAAGAUACCUUGGUUGAUGGGAAGAGUGGGUUUGUUGUGGUUGAAAGUUGGAGUCAGGAGGAUCCGAGUUCCAGUUCUGCCUUUACCACAUGUUGGCUGGGUACUCUGGUUAAGGUGUUUCAUGGAACACCCCUAGACAAUUCUCUAAGAUUAGGAAAGUUUCUGAUUUUAAGGAAAUUCCUUACUUAGAGCUUUCAACACUGAAAGAGAUGGCAGUGUUGGAUUAAAAAACAUCUCCAACCAUUGAUGGGAUAUGCCAGAGAAAGUUGUGGAAAGGUGAGAAUUGGGAAAAAAAAAAAAAAAAAGCCAGAAAAGACUCCGAAUAGUUUCAGUAGAAUGCUGAAUAUGUGAGGAAAGAGCACUGGAAGGAUGAUGCAGAAGAUGAUUCAAAUCCUGGCCCUAUAAUUUCUCUGAUCUGACAGUUUUUGUAUGGAGAAAGGUUAGCCAUUGGCUAAGAAAUAUAAAAGAUCUAUCUGUUCAGUGCUAGUUGAACUAUAUGACCUUCUAGGUCUGUGUAAUCUUGGGUAAGUUACUUCAAAUUUCUGAGUUGUAGAGAUCUUUUCCUAAAAAGAAGAGCUGGACUAAAUGCCCUUUCAGGUCUUGAGAGCCUCUGCUACAUGUGUUACAUAGUAGUGAAAUGAAGACAACUGCGUUACCUGAUUUAUAAAAUUUGUAGAAUUUUAGAGUUGAAAAGGGCUUUAAAGAUGACUGCAUAUUUUAUAAGUGAACCCUGUUAAGGGCAGAUCUGAGAAUAAAAUUGUAGUCUCCCAAGUUCAGAGCUCUUUGUGUUCCUGCUACAUAGAUUCAGCCAAAUUUUGAAAGCAGGAUUUUGCCUCAAAAUUACUACUUCUAAAGAAUAAAAUUACCCCAAGAUCUCAAAUUAGAAUAAUUCAGAAACCUGAUAAAUGUUACUACUACUAAUUUUCAAUUAUCACAAGACUUUUAGAAUACUUAGGGUAGACUUUAUGUAGGGAUACACAACUUUUCAGUGUGUUUAAUGUGAGAAUUAUUCUGUGUGUGUGUGUGUGUAUUUUUCAUUAGACAUGUGUUUCAUUGGUAUCAAGAACUACUCCUGAAGAGAAAACUCCAUUUGACAAUGCAGAUAUUAAAAGUCUUAAAAGAGUUCCUCAGAGCACUGAGAGAUUAAAUGAUUUGCCCACAGUCACAUGAUCAUAAUGUGUCAGUGGCAGAACUUGUAGAUUUUCCUGACUUAGAGACUAUCUCUUCAUCCACUACAACAUUUUCAAAGAACAUUUUUAUACAAUGAAACUCUAAAAAUUAGCUGAGGAAGAACAGAAAGACUAACUGAAACCUAAUGCCUGUAUAAUCCAUGAAAUAUUCAUCAAUUUAAGGACUGUGUUCUGUUAAUAGGGUAGUGAUUUCCCAAGGAAAUUGAGAUGCGGACCUGAGGGUGAUACUAAAACAUAAAUAUAAUUUUAAUUUUAAAGAUCAAUUAUAUAUAUAUAUAUAUAUAAAAUACAUAUAUAUUAUAUAUAUAAGUUUUUAAUAUAAAUUGAAUACCAUGGAGAUGCCCCUUAAAAAUACUGAAUGGUAGUUUGGAGCAAUAGAAAUCCUUCUAAAGUUUCCAUAUUAUUUUGAAAUGGCUAAUGUAUGAUUUUAGUCUUCCUGUAUAAGGAUUUCAUUUGAAAGCAAUUUUUUUCAUGUGAGUAAUAACCUGUUAAAAUAGAUACAUACAACCAAAUUACUGGUGUGAGGAAGCCCUUAAAUGCAGCCAAUGAAGUCUUUAUGAGAGGAAAAGGAAGCCAGUAAAUGGAGGUUGACAGGAUAACAAAAGCAGUAAAAAUGUGAAUGUAAAUAUGUUUCAAAAGCUUUUUCAAGGAACCUUGUUAUUUAUGCCCUUUGCCACCUGCUCUUUUUAACUCUAGUUUUUUUCUUACUUAAAAAAAAUCAAGAUUGUAUUUUUAUCUGUUAGCCAGUUCUGUUUUAUAACUGCUGAAAAGAAUUCAGUGUAACAGGUUUGUUUUUAUUGUUUUGCUUAUUUUUAAUGGCCUUAAACACAGUUUGAGAUUUUUUUUAAAUAGUCAAUUAAAAAUUAUUUAAAUACUCUAUUAUCCCAGGAUGAAAGAUUGUUUUGUUAACCCCUUGCUAAACUUUGUCUCAGAGCAUCAUCCUAUCAUGAUGUUCACAAUAGCAAUUUAAUUUUGCUUAAAUUAAAAACUAUAUUUAGUGAUUCUCAAAGUUAAUUGAAAAUCCAGACAGAAUAAUCCAUAUAUCCUAUGAGAGAAACAUAAAAGUGAAGAGUAGAAUGGCUAUCUUGGGAGGGAGGGGAUUUCUGAAGACUCUGGGUAACUGCUUGUUGAACCCUGUUAAAGGGAUUCUUACAUAGCAAAAUUUGGAAUAGAUGAUCCUGUUUCUACUCUGAGUUGCUGUGGUAUUGUUACAAAAUAAAGGAGUUUUUAAGCAAAAGUUAUUUAAAAAAAAACUAACUAAGAUGCAACCUGACAAUCUAAGUUCUUUUUAACUUUAAAAGAAAAAUAACAAUUAUUACUAACUAAUAAUCAUUGAGUUAUCAACAAGAUAACAUAUAUAUAUGAAAUGCAUGGCAGACUUUAGAAUGUGGUAUUAAGUACUAGCUAUUACUAUUAUUUUUAUCUGCAGAAAGGAGGGAUGAGUGUACUGUGGGGACCACACUUACACAUAAGUAAUCAGAGAACCUCAAUCCAUUCAGAUUAUCUCUCUUUUGUUGUAGAACCUAAAUUAAGGUUCAGUUUCUAGGAUAGCUAGGUUACAUGCAUGAACAGUGCUAAUGCAGAAAGAUUUUUCCUGAUGCCUUAAUAUUAUGUUAGAACUUUACGUGGCCUAGUACUAGGUUGUCAUUGCACAGCUUCUUGGGUGGUCAUUAUUAAGUCCCCUGCUUCUCAAAGGCUCAGUUUCCUCAUUUAUAAAGUGCUGGUUCUCUCACAGGACUGCUAUGAGCAAAAUGCUUUCUAAUGCUUAAAUGAUUGUAGAAAUGUAAGUUAACUGUAAUCACCAUUAAAAGUAACUACCCUUGAUUUUAGACCAUAAAAUAAUAUUCUAUGUAGUAGAAAAUUCUUACCAUUAUAAUCAAGAAACUGAAUCCCACACUAGAACAUGGAUUAAAACCAAAUUCCCUAAAUUCCUCCAUCUUCUAUUCAAUUUAUUGGAAAAUUAAUUAAACAUCUUGUCCAUCAUAUCAACUCGUUGAUAUGUAUCUAGAGGCUAUGAUAAGCUAGACUGUGUUCAAGGUAGUACAUACACAAUGGGAAUCUUUAAUUCUCAUGUUGGGACACUGAAUUAAGGCAUGGAUUAUAGAAAUUUACUGUUAGGUUACAUGGUUAUCUUUUGGGGUAUAUUAAAAAUAAUAUAUGACAUAAAAUGCUUUAGGUUUACAAAGUGUUUUAUAUAUAUUACCUUUUUUAAAAAUUUUACGGCAAAACCUUUGAGGUUUAUUACUUGUAUUAUUAUCCCCAUUUUACAGGUGAGGAAACUGAGGCUUAGGUAAGUGACUGGCCCUUGAUUAUAAAUGGGCAUUUAGAUAUCACUGACAGGAUAUGAAGCCAGGUCUACUUCAUGACUCCAGUCCAGCACCUGGUCUAUAUACAAAUCAGUGUAAAAGCAAAUCAUAAUAUAAUAGGGCACUACUACUUUAAUGGCAAAAAUGUCCCUGCAUUUCAACACUACUAUUUGGAGGAGGAAGAGAUUGACUUGAGUCAUUUGGGUAUUGCUCAGGAAAUAAGUAGACAGACAAUUGCAACUUUAUUAUCUACCAGUAACAUGGAGUGACUAGCAUUUGUUAUUUCCGUGGGCAUCCUCCUUUAGAAAAGAAGACAACUAUUAGUUUAUACCCUUGAAGAGCUGCAGAAGAAGAUACAUCGGAAGGCAGUUUUAACUCCCACCAGCCUUUGCACCACCAUCUGGGUAGAAGAGGAAGGGCCAGUGCAGGCAGGCAAAACAUAAACCAAUCCAGUGCUGUAUAUAGAUCAUCUUUGACCAUGGCAGUGAUGAAGCGUAAACGAGUUGUGCUUACGAUCCAGGAAAAGCUGGAAAUCAUUGAAAAACUGGAAAAAGGUGGUAACACAAGGCAACUUUCCAUCAUGUAUGGAAUUGGUGAACAAACUGUUCGUGACUUAAAAAAACGAAAGGCACAAUUGCUUUCUUAUGCAAGUAGCUCGGGCUCUGCAACACUUCUGGCUAGACGUAAGUCCAUGAAGCAGUCUACUUACAAGGAGCUGGAUAGGGCGAUGUUAGAAUGGUUUAAUCAGCAGAGAGCUGAAGGGACUCCAGUGUCUGGGAUAAUUUGUGCAAAACAAGCAAAGGCUUUUUUUAAUGCAUUAGGAAUGGAAGGGGACUUUAAUGCCUCUACUGGUUGGCUUACUAGGUUUAAACAGAGACAUGGGAUUAGAGAGCUAAAUUACCAAGGUGAGAAAUCAAAUGGUGAUCAGUCAGCUGCUGCUGAUUUUCGUGAAGAUUUUGAAGAAUUUACAGAAAGUGAAAGAUUGCAUCCAGAGCAGAUAUACAAUGCUGAUGAAACUUGGCUUUACUGGAAAUCAUUACCAGCAAGGACGCUGGCUUUUGAGAAUGAACAUCCUAUUCCAAGCCAUAAACUCAGUAGAGAGAGACUAACUGUGUUGUGUUGUGUAAAUGCAACUGGUUCUCACAAACUGAAAUUGUGUGUUGUUGGGAAAGCGGAGCAUCUGCAUUUGCUUCGAGAAGCCAAUCUAUUAAAUAUGCCAGUUGAUUGUUUUAACCACAAAGAAGCCUGGAUGGACUGCACAAUUUUCAAAGAAUGGUUUGAUAAGAAAUUUGUUCCCCAGGUCCGGGAGCACUUACGCUCCAAAGGCCUUCCCGAAAGAGCUGUCCUGCUUUUAGAUUAUGCACCCUCUAAACCUAGUGAAGGUCUUCUAAAGUCUGAGGAUGGCAACAUUUUUGUGAAAUAUUUGCCACCAAAUGUGGCUGCUCUCAUUCAGCCUAUGGACCAGGGAGUGAUAGCAUGUAUGAAACGACACUACAGGACGGGAUUAUUAAGAAAACAUGUGCAAGAGGGGCAUGAUAUAAAAUCCUUUGGGAAUAACCUUACAGCUCAGGAUGCUAUCACUCAAGCAAUCAGAGCAUGGAACUUAGUGAAGCCAGUUACAAUUAUACGAUCAUGGCGCAAAAUCAUUUCUGACCCAGAUGAAGAAGGGAUUGCAUCAGCCAGCUUAUUAGAGGAUGGGCAGCAGCAGUCCCAAAGUGACAAAAAGAGCCGUACUGCCCACGUGGAACAGGGGCAAGGGAUCAAUUACCAUGAAGUAGGCAAUCAGUUAUUGGCUGGCAAUGGGAUGAUAACAAGAGCUGAAGAAAUCAAAGUUGAACUGAAUGAAAGUGAAGGAGAGGAGCAAGAACUAAUUCCAGAGGGCCAUAUUAGUCACAGUGCUGCGUUAAACUACGUGGAGAUCCUUCUCGACUAUUUGGAGCAGCAAGAGGAUUCACUGAUGACUGACAAACUAGUCCUCCACCGACUACGCACAACAAUAAGGAAAAAGGAAAAUGAGUCAGUGGGACAAGUAACAGUUACUGAUUUUUUGACCAAUAAAUAAGUCUAGGCCUCAAUUUUCUCAUCUGUAAAAUGAGGGGUUUGGACUAAAUGAUCUCAAAAGGUCCCUUUCUGCUUAGUUCUAUGACUUUUAGGAUCUGUUGCAGUCCUGUUGGAUUUAUUGACCUUAUGAAUUAAGAAAUUGACUUAUGACCUAUUCUGUUAUGUUCUGUGUUUGUUUAUUGAAGGUAAAUAUGUAUGUAUUUGUAGUUCAAAAUAAUAUUUUGUGAAGGGUGGCCUACUUUUCAAUAGACGAAUAUUAUUUUUAAGUGGAUAUCCUUUAAUUAUUUGUGUUUUUGCUUUUUCUGAGCUCUCUCUGCCAUCCCUUUUGCCUCCAUUGUACAUUUCUCAGGAUAAUUAAGAAUUAAUUUUGUUUUCUUACAUUCAAGUUCUAUGGCUGGUUCACUCCAGUACACUCUUAAGUCCUGGAAAUGGUGGGUGGCAAGAUGAACUAUUGGAGACAUGGGCUUAGCUCUUAAAAUCCCUUUGUUUGCUUCUAUCACCUUAAAAUAAAGAUGAUGGUUAUUUACAUUGAUUGUAAGUUGUUCCUCAUAUGCCAGAGUUGUUCUUUGCUAGUGUGCAGACCUCACUGUACUUAAUAAUAAAUAUCCUAGCAUGGUUAAAGUAGUAGCAUGUAACAUUACUGCAUAUGACAAAUGACUAGUAAUAGCAGUAACUCUCACAGGUUUGAUAAUUUACACUUGGACAGUGAUAAAGAAAACUUAGUUUUCUUUUAUUGUCAGAGUGCUACUAGGUAGAAGAAUGAAACAAAUUGUACCAUACUUGGUUGGGCAUAAUCCAUUACCAAUGGGUGAGCACUGUUAUCACUUUGGUUCAUUUUAUAAUUCCAGGAGCAAUAGAGGUAACAGACUGUAACAGGGAAAGCCUGGUCUCCCUUUUGAGGACUUGAUUACAUAAAAGAAUCUUUAUUUUGUUUAUUUCCUUCUGUUGCCUACUACAGCAAAUAGUUAAUGAAUUUUGUCUUAUAUAUUAGGAUUUUAUGAAUGGAUGGAUAUGGGUUUAUUUUUUUCUUGGUUAUGUUAGAAGGGACUAGGAGAGGUUCAUUCCCUAUAAUGGGAACAAGGGAAGGAAUAAUAAUCACACUGAUAACUCACCAGAAUUCCAGUGCUCUAAAGUAUCUGUGGCCGAAUAUGUUUGUAUCUAGUGACUCUCAAAAAUAACCCCUUCUGAGCCACAAAUCAGCAAUAUGGGAUAUGGAGGAUUAGGGGAAGAACAGUGUUAAAAAGGUGAAAAAACUCUCUUUUGACCUUCCCAUUAUUCAAAUCACAAACUCACUGGUAGAGAUAAGAGUUAGGUAUGUUUGAAGAGCUAAAAACAGCUCAGAAAGAUACAGCUUCUGCUGGUUUCAUAUGAGUGUCCCAUAAGCACUUCAGUUAAAGUGCUUAAAUUUCUAAUAAGCACUUCAACUUUUAUUCAUUGCUUUUUUGGCAUUUGGUACAUUAGAAAUUGAGUCCGAGCAAUUAAUACCUUAGUGGCCAAGUUUUGUAUCAUUUUUCCAGUUUAUUGUGUUAGACUGAACAUUCUGAUUCUAUGAUUUAAGUGGUAUGAAAUUAUAAUUAAAUGGCGUAUGACUACUCAAUCCUGGGACUUAUGUGAAAAUGAGAUUCCUUUUUUGACUUUAUCCCAGUGAACAAAUGUAUAAAUAAAAAAAUAACUGAGGACCUUUUCAGAUGCAUAUGAUGUGUUUUUUAAAAAUUAAAUGCAAAGCAAACAGAAUAUAGAUCAAUGAGUAAACAUUUAUUAAAUGCUUACUACAUGCCAGGUGCUGGGCUAAGCACUGGUUUAGAGAUAUUAAUGAGACACAGCCUAUAUUUAUGCAUUAUAGUGCAUCAGUCCAGAUGGAAUCAGAAGCAAGUAGGAAACUCAAUCCUUAUGUUAAUUCACAGAACAGUCACUGGCUGACAUGCAUAAAUCAUAUGAGUUUUUUUUCCUCGGUGACUCCUGAGAUAAUUUUUUCUGUAUUAUGUACUUUAACUUUCAUGUCUACAAAUAAAUAUGCCUUAAGGAUGAGCAGCUGUCACCUGUUACCAAAUUUUAAAUAUGCAGUGCUGUUUGAAUUGUGUAUUAAGCUGCAGAUAUUGAAGAAACAAACAAAAAACCCCAUUGCAACACACCUGCUUGUUUGAAACUGGGUUACCAUCGCAAAAAAUACUGGAACAAGCCUGUGUUAAUAGGAGUGCAUUGCCUUCACGGAGAAAUAUCAAAGGAGACUUGUUCUAAAUCUUUCCAACAUUUCAAUAGCUAACUUUUGCUCAUAAAGGCAACACUAUUAACAGUAGGGUUAUGAUGUGUCCCAGUUGUACAAGUAUACAUCAGCACUCCACCAGUAAAAAUGCUUUUCAAAGUACACUGAGGGAGGAAAAAUCUUGGAUCUGAGCUGAAGGAAUUCCCAUCUAAAUGCAAAUCAAGGAAAGUCCAUACUGAAUGCAUGAGUAGUUCAUAUGUGGUAUCUCCAAUGUUUAAUGUCUAGCACUAAAAAUACAUUUUCAUAUAACUGUAGGGUUAGCGAAACACCCUUAAUCAGAAUUCACCAAUGUAAUUUUUUUCAGAAAACAUUAGAUGGGAAACCAGUGAAGGCUCAAAUAUUAUUGGCCCUUUUCUUGACCUGAAAAACUGCAAAAAAUGAAAAGGACAAAAGGGAGACUACUUGAUGGAAUACAUUAUGAAAUUAUACCUCAUCACAUGGGGCUCAGGGCUUUUAUUUGUUGAGAGUCACUGAUCCAUGAAUGAGAGGUCAACCUCUGUAAUUCCAUAAGUAAAAAGCAGCUUAGA